AUGCCUACACCGCCCCGACCGUCAUUCCGUGCUGAUGAGAGGAUCGUGCCCCCACAAGAGCCCCCACGGAGGAGCAGAAGAAGGGUGAGAGAAAACAUUGAAGAGCUUCGUCCGUCUCAACAAACUCAACUUCCUGAACCAUGGCCACAUUGUGAGUGGGCAACUAGUACUGAGGGCACCGGAGGGUCGUCAAGCUAUGCCCCGACUCAGGAACAUGACAUGUUCGCCCAAGGCACCCCUCACUUCCACCAUCAGCAGCAAACUGCUCAGUAUCAGACCCCGCUUCAACAACACACAUCAUCGACUUUCCACCACGCUUCUGGUUCAUCUCAGCCUAUUCAACCCCCACCACCUGUCUACACUCCGGUGGGUGGUCGGGUUAAGAGGAAUCCGCGAGGAGUUGUCCAGCGGGCUCGUGAAGAAGGAGGAGGUAGAGAAGGCGGAAGAAGGGGUCGAGGAGGUCGUGGAGGAAGAGGAAGAGGAAGAGAAGGGGAAGUGGAGGAAGAGGGAAAUGAAGAGAACCAGUGA